AUGCCGCCGGCAGCACCCACAGUCAAAGCAGAGCGCGAGAAGAAGCUAAAGGCAGUGCUUGCCUUUGCCUCAAGUCUCACCAAGCGCCUGGAGAACAGCCAUGAUGCAUCACUUAUCAGCGACCUUCAAACUCAGACCCGCGGCUUGCCGCUGCCAGCCUCUUCGACGACUUCCGCAAAACAAUACGAAUUAGACAAGUUAGGCACCGAGCUAUGGAAUCUUUCUACGCGCUUACGACGCGACGAAGCAGGGCCUGAUGGCAAAGAAAAGGAGGAAACAGCGCGAAAGAAUCGCAUCCUCUGUCUUCUACGUGCUUUCGCGUUCCUGCUCCUCGACUCCGCUGGUGGACAGGGCGCGAAGGGCCGCCAAUGCAAGAGCUGCAUUCGCCUCAUGAAGAUUGCGCUGAAAGCGGCAAGAGUAUCUAUCGAAGGUAACGAGCCCGGCACUGCUACGAAGGUCCUUGAGCGAGCUGCCGAGUAUCAAGACGUGCUAAGCAAGGCGGGCGAGAGUGGUGGAGAGGCCGAGCUUGCAGAUCGCUUGCGAGCGGAGUACUUUGCUGUGCGAACGACUUUGGCAUGGCGUCAAGAGCGCCUGGAUACGGCAGAGCACAUGUUCGCAAAGUGCAAGCAGCUUGCGGCUACCCUCACACCUACCAUGGCAGAGAGCUUUGCAGACCUGCUGUACGAGAUUGGAAAAGAUGCCCUGACAAAGCGUAACUAUGAGGUCGCAGUUCGAUGGCUGGAACGCGCGCAUGACGUUCUUGGGGAGCAGGACCUGGAGAUGCUUAGUCCAGAAGUGAGCGAGCUACGACUCUGUACGAUGCAGAGUAUUGUUCAGGCGUACAUGAAGCUGAAAACACCUGAAACGCAAGAUAAAGCGUGGCAUAUGGUAAAGCUCAUGGAAACUGAUUUUGGAGACAAGAUGGUCGUUUCCCUGUUGAAAAUCGAGCUGCUGUCUGAUGCUGAGACAAUUGACACGACUGAGUUCUACAAUGUGCUUCUUCGAAUGAUUCGCACUGUGGUGCUAAACGAUACAAACUUCAAAACAAUCAUGCAUCACAUUCACAAGUUGAAGGACCAUAGGCAUGUAACCAUCAACGUUACGGCUUGCAAGGCUCUGGACGAUUUAAUCGAUAUGCGACUGUUUAGAGAAGAGAAUCAGCCUUGGAUCGAGAAGGCGGUCAUUACCCGUAUAUGGAUCGGCACGACCAAUAGCUUCGCCGAAAACGCCCUUGAGCACCUCCAGGAGCUAUUUGACGCCGUCGCACAGCAUUCGAGCACUUCGCUAUCUGCUCCUGCCACUCACGCUGCACAAACACUUUUGUGGAAGCGAGUAGAGGCAGCAUCUAGCCAAGAACAAUUUGGCGCUGCUGAAUCAUGGUGUCGGGCUUGCCUUCACUCUAUAUUUGACAAAGCUGGAGCUCAGAACAAAGCCAAGAUUUCAAGGAAGAUCAUCCAGUGUGCCUUCGCGCGGCAGGAUUGUGUUGCCGCUCGCGAGGCUCAUUCCAAAAUGUCUGAUACCGGCAGAGACGAACCAGUGGCGCGGUAUCUGAUGUACAAAGUGGCGCUGCGGAGCGGUGAUAUGGAAUUUGAGUGCUUGGAUCUGGUGUGUCGGAGUUCCGCGAAAGAUGCGACCCUUUUGUACGCUUGCGUGAUGGAGGCCCAAAGUGCCGGAGACAAGAGACAAGCUAUUAUCGCCCUAGAACGCGUCCUGGACAAAUAUGAUUAUAGCGCACCUGCGGGUAUCCAUCUCCCUGCCCUCUUACGCAGAUGUACUGCAAGACUUCUCCAAUCGGAACUCGUAAAGGAUGGCAACAUCAACCCUGAUAUUAUGAGUCAACUUUGCACAGUGUUUGAUGGAGCAUGCUCACAAGCCAAAGCAUCCCGAAGACGACCAAGCACUCCGGCACAACAACUCUUCACAGCCCAGGAGUUCGAAUGGUUUUCAAAGAAUGCGUACAAUAUGUCGCUCAAGUAUUGUGCGGAGAUGGCCCCCAAUCUGUUGGUCAAACUGCUGAAUAGCUGCACCGAAUUUAUCAAGCUUCUCAAGGGGCAAAAUCAGUCGGGGGCUGAGGGCGAUCUCUGCCUUCGACUUGUGUUUUGUGAGUUUCUUGCAGCUUGUACUUAUACGACGUUGGCUCGAGCCGAGGACAACACUGCGCAAUGUUUUCAAUACUAUCUCGAAGCUCGCAACCACAGUCAAGAGUUUCGACGUGCUGCAGCAGAAGGCAUCGACAAGCUUGGCGGAUCUGCCCAAGCUGACAUCAUCUCAAAGCACUUCCAGGUCGUCAAGCUAGAGCUCGAAGCUGUACUCAAGCUGGAGAAGUGGGACGAGCUCGAUGAUCUCUUUGAGCAGUGCUGGAAGUACAAGAGCCCCGACCACUAUGAGACAUUGGCAGACCUUGUGCUGGUCAUCCAUUCAUGUGUCGUGAAAGCAGCGCUGGAUGUGAAGUACCAAAGCAAGGUUCUGUCCGUGCUGCAGAAGAUCAUCAACCUAACCUGUCGCCAGCCGGGAAGCGAUAUCACGAAGCUCUCCCGUUGGCUCCGCUGUCUUUUUAACCUCGCACUUCCUUACGACGAGAACAUUAGUCUCAAGUGCAUCGAGCAGGUGAUUCAUAUGGCGGCUAAGAAACAAGCAGUAAGUUCCCUUCUUCGAGUGGUCCAGACACUUGUUAAGCCUGCUCAGAGUUUGCUAAACACGCCUCCGCCAUCCUCCAGUCCUACAAAGGGCGAGAACGAAGUACGCUUGACUGACGAUCAUAUUAAGGAAGUCGAGCGCUAUCCUCGAACUGAGCUUGAGUGGCUAGCGACAACGACAUUCAAUCGCGCCAUCGAUUACUAUAUGCAAGAGGAUGACGAUAAAUGCAAGACAUGGGCAGAGAAGUCAUUUAUAAUCGCACAGUGGCUAGAGGACGAUGGCGCGCUUCGGGAUCUGCUGAUGGAGAAGUUCUCGGCAUUGCAGUGGGACAAGAAAUGAGUGGGUGUGUUGCUGCUUUCGGAAAGUCAGGACUUGCUCGUGCUGUGUAUCUUUAUAUACCACAGUAAGCAAAGAAACAUCCUUUAAUAGUUUGCUCAUCUUCGCAUAAUUCCUCCUUUCUUCACGUAGCACCAGGUACAUCCCAAAUCUUCCCAUACGGAUCAUGAUUCGCGUCGAUUUCACGGUCGUACUCGGAAAUCAAGCUGAGAUACUCGGCCACCUCGUCGCCGUAGACGCGCCCAACCCACGCGUACGUGACGUCAAUUCCCGCCGAGAUGCCGCUGGAAGAGAAGAUGUUGCCGUCCUCGACCCAACGCGCUGUUGGAAUCCAGGUCACAUUUGGGCCUGUGGAGAUUACCCAUGACCACGAUCGCUUGUUGGUCGUUGCUUUGCGGCCGUCGAGGAUACCGGCACGGGCGAGAAUUGAAGCCCCGGUGCAGACGGAGAUGAUGUAUCUCAACUAU